AUGCUUAAGGGCGGCAAUAGGAGGACUGGGAGGAGAGCGAAGGCGGCGAGCUUGCAGUGCCUCAGCGACGCGAUCGAUAGCUUGGAGAAGCGAUCUUCUCCGCCGGACUCGGAUUUCUACGCGGCGCUGGUCCGCUACUGCGGCGAUUGCCAGGCGCUCCCCCACGGCCGCCGUGUCCACGCUCACCUCCAGGAUCACGGCUAUGGCCGCAACAGGUUCCUCGGCAAUCUCCUCAUCCAGAUGUAUGGCAAAUGCGGGAGCCUCGCCGACGCGCGCGCGGUCUUCUCCCACAUGCCCUGCAAGAACAGGUAUUCCUGGGCGAUUCUCAUGGCGGCCUGCAAUGCCUGCGCUGGGAAUGGCUGGGAGACGGUCGAUCUCUUCCAUCUCAUGGAUCUUGAUGGAAUCCGGCCCGACACCGUGAAUUUCGUCAAUGCGCUCACGGCGUGCUCGUUUGCGGGCGCGCUGGCCGAGGGCCGGGCGCUCCACGCGAGGAUCGGAGCGCUGGGGAUGCUGAGCGACAGAUUCGUGGCGUGCGCGCUCAUCAGCAUGUAUGGCCGCUGCAAGGAUCUGGAAGACGCCAAGGCAGUGUUUGAUUCAAUGGCCGACAGGGAUCUCAUCACCUGGAACGCGAUGCUUGCUGCGUAUGCCCAGAACGGGCAUUGCAAGGAAGCGCUGGAUUUCUACCGGCAGUUCGAUCGUCACGGGGUGGCUCCAGACAACGUCACUUACAUCACUCUCCUCUACGCUUGCUCCUGCCUCGAGGAUCUGGAAGAGGGGAUGAGGAUCCACUCGCUGCUCCCACCUGCCGUGAUCGACGAAGACAUCGUCCUGGCGAACGCGCUGGUGACGAUGUACUUCCGGUGCCAGAGGAUGGAUCUCGCCGAGCAAACGUUCGAGCGGAUCACCAACAAGGACUACGCGAGCUGGAACGUGAUGAUCUCGGGGAAUGCGCAAUGCGGGCAGGCCAGGAACGCGCUGGCGCUCUACAGGAGGAUGAAUCUCGAGGGAUUCGAGGCCGGGGACGUGACCUUCAUGAGCGUGCUGGAUGCGUGCUGCCUCGUCAAGGAUCUGGGCGAGGGCCGCCGUGUCCACGCUUGGGCGAGGAGCACUGGAUCGGACCAGCAAAUUCUCGUCGGCACCAAUCUGGUAAACAUGUAUGGCAAAUGCGGCAGCGUGGAGGAAGCUCGCGAGGUGUUCUUGGGACUCAGGAGGAAGACGCUAGUUACCUGGACGGCCAUGAUCGCGGCAUAUGCCCAAAACGGGCAUUCUCGGGAGGCGCUGGAUCUCUUCUACGAGCUCGAGCGGGAGGAAUGCGGCAAGGAUCUGGACAACAUAGCGCUCAUCACGAUCGUGGAUGCAUGCGCGAAGAUUGGAGAUUUGGGCGAGGGAAGGGAGCUCCACCGGCGGAUCAUCCAGCACAGGGUGGAGUCGGACAUCGUCGUGUGCAACGCGCUCAUCACCAUGUACAACAAGUGCGGGAGCCUCGCCGGCGCCCGAGAGAUCUUCCAGAGCAUCCAAGGUCCCAACAUCAUCUCCUGGAACGCCAUGCUCGCCUCCUACUGCGAGCACGGAUCGAACGCGGCGGCGCUGGAGCUCUUUGCGCGGAUGGUGAACGAUGGCUGCCCGCCCGACGAUAUAACGUUUGUGAGCAUACUGUUUGCUUGCAGCCAUGCUGGGCUUUUCGAGCAGGGGUGGCAGCACUUUGUGUCCAUGAGGGAUGACUUUGGGGUGGUGGGCAAGUUUGAGCACUACGUUUGCAUGGCCGAUUUGCUUGGGCGGUCGGGGUGGCUGGACGAGGCCGAGGUGCUGCUCGACGGGGCGCCUUACAGGAGUGCUGCCACGGCAUGGAACACUCUUCUUAGUGCUUGCAAAAUGCAUCAGAACUUAGGAAAGGGCGAGCGAAUUGCCGAGAGGAUACUGGAGCUGGAUCCACAGGUUGCUGGCUCUUAUGUCCAGCUCUCUAACAUGUAUAAGGUUAGUAGGGGAUGCAAUAGCAAAACUGAUUCAUACAUUUGCUGAUACUUCUCUGAAGCCAAGCAUAUUCUUUGAAUAGCCCAGUUGCAUGCAGGUUAAAGUAUGCUUGGUUUUACCACCAAAUUGAUAAAGAUAAAGGAAAGUGCGUGUGUAUAAAUAUACAUGUCUUUUUGUCAUUUGGUUAUUGAUAAUAGAUAAAUUGUAAUGAGGAAAUAUUUUUCAGUAGUUUUCUAUUUAUCUUAUCUGGUAAACCAAGCAUACUCAAUGAGUGAUGGAUAUAAAUGGAGAUGUUUACCUUAUUCUUUACAA